GAAUUGUCUUACCCUGAAGUUCAUUUGUUUUGUAAACAUAGAUACCUACUGACUUUUUAAUAUUUUUCGUUAGUAAGUAUAUGUACAUCUGAAAUUUUGUAGAAGUGCUUUUAUCCACACGGAUAAUUUUCUUCUGCAUUUAUACGUCAACUUUUCAAAAAAAUUCCGUUGGUGUCGGUUACUUGUAUACGCUAUAAAAAGCCAAUUUAUCAGUCUCUGCUGCUGCUACAUGAGCAGGACGCUGCUGCGCUGCUGCUCUUAUUGUGUUUGCGAUUGGCAGUUCGCGGAAACGUCGUGCAACGAUCAGGAAUGAUAUUCAGGAUACAAGUUGAAACCGACGUUUGCAAACUCAAGAACAAAUCUCAUUUAUUAUAAACCAAUAAGAGUAUAUCAGCACAAAGGAAAGAUAAAACGCCAUGAGUAACGAUCCAAGAAAUACAUUUGUAAAAAGAAACAAAAAUUUGUUCAAAGGUUACAGUUUCAAAUUUGAAUUUCCUGAAUUAGAGUCGGACUGUGUCAGAGAUUAUGAAAGAAUUGUCACGAGCUUAGGAGGAGAAGUAAAAGAAGAUGCUGUUUACACUUUUUGUGGCAUAAGAAACGCAUACGCCAUCAAGGAUAAGAAGAUUUAUCAACCAUGUUACAUAUUGCAUUCAAUCAGAGCAGAGAAGCCACUAGACAUAGAGUUAUACAGAUGGAUAAAUGAAAGUCUUCCUGAAUGUCCAAAUGGUAGUACAAGGUGUUAUAAAGCAACAUCUUUAUUAAAGAAUGAUUCGCUCAAACGGUUUUAUGAUAAACAGGUAUAUUGUGAGUUAUGUUCAGUAGAAUUUGAAGUCGAUACAUCUUCAGAUGAAAUGGAUGACAUCUUUCUAAAUGAUAAUAUUAAAGUUGAACCGAUUGAAUCGGUUGAUUUGGUUGAUAAAGUUAGAAUCAAAACAGGGCGAUCUGAACAGAGUAAUAAAGAUGUAAAAAAAGUAAUUAAUAGCAAGGCUAAGUCAUCAGAAAGGAGCCCAUCAGACUCCGAAAGAUCGCCAAAAAAUCAUAAAAAGUUUAAAAGAAAUAGUGACGAAAUUAAAGAUCAUCUUUUAUCUUUACCAACAACUGCCUUUCAUGCUGCUACACAAAAUCAUCAUGAACAGAACAAAUGCACUAAAAUUAAAGUUGAAAGUGUUGUAAAAAAUCCAAUGGUUAGUACCUCAAAAUCAAAAAAAAUAAAAAAAAAUAAAAGCUCCAGUGAAGAAGACUCCAACUCAUCUCAUAAUGAAUUAUCAUCUGAUGAAGAAAUGGAUUUUGAACAAGACGUUCAGUGGUGGAAACCUCAGCAAUAUUCGGAAAAAAAAGUGUGCAAAAUACGAUCCUGUUUUUUAGAACCAAUGCCUCAUUUAAAGCAUGGCAAUCCAAUGCGAAAUCUUAGUUUGCAAGAAAGAAGAGUCUUAUUGAAGUAUUUGAUACAAAAUAACAGUAUACAUGCAGCUAAAGGAGUAAAAGUAUUCAAUGAUAUGCACAGUUAUGGUUACUUGACCAACAGAUCAACAGAAACAUUAAGAAACUGUUUUCGAAGACGAAUUCUACCUCAUAUUGAUGAAUACAAAUUGCCAUCUCACAUUGAAGAAAAGUUUAAGGCAUUAAUCGUUUGAGUAUAAACAAAUAACUCAUUUUAUAUGGUUAACUAAAUCAUUACUUAUAAAAAGUUACAAAUACAUUACUUAUAAAUUACAAAAGUUCUUGAAUUAAAUUCUAAAACAUGCAUACAUUUAUUUUUAGUUUGAACUUUAUUUUUUUUAUUUUUCUAACAAAUUGAUGAAAUAAACGUGUCAUUGUUAAAAUC